CAUGAUGUUGUUUUUUUUUUUUUUCUUAAGAAAGCCACAAGAUGCCCUUUCAUUCAAUUAAAGUCGAGACAAUCACUACGGGGGAAACCUAUGGUGCUGAUGUAGCUCUGAUGGACCAAGUGAAAAGGAAGGUUAAUCUAGUGGGUACCAUCCAGGAUGGACAGUACGUCAUUGUUUUUUGUCCAAUCACCUCCCGUGUUGGCUCAGAUGUGGGGGCAGCCAUGCAAAACAUGUCCAGAAGCCACAAGAUGCCCUUUCAUUCAAUUAAAGUCGAGACAAUCACUAAGGGGGAAACCUAUGGUGCUGAUGUAGCUCUGAUGGACCAAGUCAAAAGGAAGGUUAAUCUAGAAGGUACCACCCAGGAUGGACAGUACGUCAUUGUUUUUUGUCCAAUCACCUCCCGUGUUGGCUCAGAUGUGGGGGCAGCCAUGCAAAACAUGUCAACUAAUAAAAAGAUCAUCCUUGUAUUGAUGCACCACACCCGUGAUGCUAACUACUCAACUGCUGGGAGAAGUUGGUCAGAAGACUACCCAAACAUUCAGCUGGAACUUCAUGUUCUCUUCCAUGAAACUCAGCCGGGUUUGCUCACCUGUUCCAAGAACACGGAAGCAGUAUUCCAGAUGCAAGAGUUUUUCAAACACAACAGAAUUAAUUCUCACACUCCUUUACUGCGUCAUUCAGAACCAGUUUUGGCCACUGUUUGCACAUUUUGGCCACUGUUAUUGCUGCUGAUUGGGGUUAUAGUUGUUUUUCUGGUGCUGAUGAUUUACUUUCUUAAAGUACAAAAGAGAUCAAUAAAUGGCACCAACUAAAAAUCAUAAAGUAAUGAAUCAUCAUUAAAUAAAGUCUAUAUUUUAUAGUGCUUUAUCAAGUCCAAGGAUUCCAUGCAUGAGUUUCCUUCCAGUUUUGCUCAUACAGUCUAAAACGCAUGAAUGUUUGGUUAUUUGGAAUCUCUACAUUCCCUGCAAUUUAGGGUUGUGUGUGCAACGUUGUUUGUUCCGUGUUUUUGCAAUGCAAUGUGAUGGACUGGCACCCUUUCCAGAGUCAUGCCUCUUACUCCAUGAACCCUCCCUCCAGCCGUGGAUAUAAAUUUAAUGCACUAAUCUAUAUUUAUCAUGUUAUUUCAUUUGCAAAGUUUACAUUGGAGCUUCCACUUCACCCUGUAUAAUCUCCUCUUAUUCAUUUAAUUGCUGCUGUUUCUUAUUACAAACAGCUUCCUGUAAAUGUUUUAAAGAGUUCACAAUGAGAUUUUUUUAUGUGAAUGUUGUGAUUAUAUCAGUCAAAUAAAUUUUCUUUGAUUUUGUUAUUGCUAUGCUGCAAUCCUAAA